GAGAGAGAGAGAGAGAGAGAGAGAGAGAGAGAGAGAAACUAUGUUACAGAAGGGUAAUAAGACAUAAAAAGAUGGGCAGAGUCUUCAGGUGAAUGGAGAGGAAGGGAGUGGGAGAAAGGGGUGUGGAAAGAGGGAGGGAAAGGCAGUGAGAGAAAGGAGUGAGAGGUAAGAGAGAGGAUUGGGGGAAACAGAGAAGAGAAGAGCAAGAGGAAAGGGAGGGAGAGGAAAGAGAAGAGGAAGACAGAGAACAGAGGAGACAGAAAGAAGAGGGAGGGAGAGUGAAAGCAGAGAAGAGACAGAAAGAAGAGGGAGGGAGAGAGGGAGAAGAAAUGGGAGAGAACAAGAGAGAGGCGAUGGGAAAGAAAGGAAGAAAAAUUGCUUUAUAGCUGCUACGACUGCAGUCAGAAAUAGCAUAUGUAAUAACUACCGUGAGCUGUGUGCUCUCUAGAAGCCAAGACCAGAUUUUGUUCACUUUUAUUAAUUAGUUACUAAGGGAGAAAGAGAUGACAGCUGGUUCCAUCUUCUUCUACAUCUUGAUCAUUGGAAAAUAUUUUGUUCAUGGAACCGAACAUGACAGCCAGUGCUCCCUUGGGUACUUCCCUUGUGGAAAUGCGACCAAGUGCUUGCCUCAGCUUCUUCAUUGCAAUGGAGUAGAUGACUGUGGAAAUCAGGCCGAUGAAGAAAAUUGCGGAGACAACAAUGGAUGGUCUCAGCAGCUUGAUAAAUAUUUUGCAAACAAUUAUAAAAUGAUUUCCCUGUAUCCUUUUGAGACAGAAACCUCUGAAUGCUUGGUUGAAUCUGUGCCAGUGAAAUGUCUAUGCCAAGGUCUAGAGCUUGACUGUGAUGAAGCCAACUUACGUGCUGUCCCAUCUGUAUCUUCAAAUGUGACUAUGAUGUCACUGCAAUGGAACUUACUAAAAAAACUUCCCAGUGAUGGUUUCAAGAAGUACCAAGAUCUUCAGAAGCUGUACCUGCAAAAUAACAAAAUUAGAUCUGUAUCUGUAUAUGCCUUCAGGGGACUGCAUAACCUUACUAAGCUGUAUCUAAGCCACAACAAGAUAACUGUUUUGAAGCCUGGUGUAUUUGAAGACCUCCACAGAUUGGAAUGGCUGAUAAUUGAAGAUAACCAACUCAGUAGGAUAUCUCCAUUAACAUUUUAUGGACUAAAUUCUCUUAUCCUCCUGGCACUGAUGAAUAAUUCUCUUGUCCAUUUACCUGAUAAGCCACUUUGCCAGCAUAUGCCUAGACUACACUGGCUAGACUUCGAAGGCAACCAUAUCCACAACUUAAGAAACAUGACUUUCAUUUCCUGCAGUACGUUAACUGUUUUGGUAAUGAGAAAAAAUGAAAUCAACCAUUUAAAUGAAAAUAGUUUUGCCCCUCUUCAGAAACUAGAUGAAUUGGACUUAGCAAGCAACAAGAUUGAAGCUCUUCCUCCUUACCUGUUUAAGGACCUGAAGGAGCUCUCACAACUGAACCUUUCCUAUAACCCAAUCCAGAAAAUCCAAGCUGACCAAUUUGACUAUCUAGUCAAACUCAAGUCUCUUAGCCUAGAAGGAAUUGAAAUUUCAAAUAUCCAAAGAAGAAUGUUUGCGCCACUUAGGAAUCUAUCCCACAUAUAUUUUAAAAAAUUCCAGUACUGUGGCUAUGCUCCACAUGUACGCAGUUGCAAGCCAAAUACAGAUGGCAUAUCAUCCUUAGAAAAUCUCCUAGCAAGCAUCAUUCAGAGAGUGUUUGUCUGGGUUGUAUCUGCAGUUACGUGCUUUGGAAAUAUCUUUGUCAUCUGCAUGCGGCCUUAUAUCAGGUCUGAGAACAAGCUUCACGCCCUCUCAAUCAUCUCUCUCUGCUGUGCUGACUGCCUAAUGGGAAUAUAUUUAUUUGUGAUUGGAGCCUUUGACUUGAAGUAUCGUGGCGAGUAUAAUAAACAUGCACAGCUAUGGAUGGAUAGUACCUAUUGCCAGCUAGUGGGAUCUCUGGCCAUAUUGUCCACAGAAGUAUCUGUUUUACUUCUAACUUUUCUGACUUUGGAAAAAUAUAUCUGCAUUGUCUACCCUUUUAGAUGUUUGAAACCCGGAAAAUGCAGGACAAUCACAAUCCUGAUUCUUAUAUGGAUUAUUGGGUUUGUAGUGGCUUUUAUUCCACUGAGCAACAAGGAAUUUUUUAAAAACUACUAUGGUACCAAUGGAGUCUGUUUUCCCCUUCACUCAGAACAAGGAGAAAGUAUGGGAGCACAGAUUUAUUCAGUAGUUAUUUUUCUUGGUGUUAACUUGGCGGCCUUCAUCAUCAUCGUGUUUUCCUAUGGGAGCAUGUUUUACAGUGUUCACCAAACUGCUGUUACUGCAACAGAAAUCCGGAAUCAUGUUAAAAAGGAAGUGACCCUGGCCAAACGGUUUUUCUUCAUUGUGUUUACGGAUGCCUUGUGCUGGAUACCCAUUUUUAUAUUGAAAUUCCUUUCCCUGCUUCAGGUAGAAAUACCAGGCACCAUUACUUCUUGGGUGGUGAUUUUCAUUCUGCCUAUCAAUAGUGCUCUGAACCCCAUUCUCUACACUCUAACCACAAGACCAUUCAAAGAAAUGAUUCGUCAGGUUUGGUCUAACUACAAACAAAGAAGAUCCAUUGAAAGCAAAGGGAGUCAGAAAACAUAUACUCCAUCAUUCAUCUGGGUAGAAAUGUGGCCAGUUCAGGAGAUCCCACCAGAGCUAAUAAAGCCUGCUCUUUUUACAGACUCUUGUGAAAUGUCACUAAUCACUCAAUCAACAAGAAUCAAUUCCUAUACAUAACUGCCUUCUGAAAUUAGAACAACGAACACCACCAUCUGUUUCAAAGUGGACUACUGCCCAAAUAAAGCUAUCAAAUAACCAGUUUAUACUAGAUCCAGAGGAAGAGUUAGGAAAUACACUAGGACACCUCCAGUAUGUAUGUUGGAUCUCCUUGUAGAUGUUUAGAAGAGAGAGCCACGGAUGGCACAGGAAGAAAGGAUGUGCAUGAAUUGUGAUCUGCACUAAUCAAAGCAUCCAUACCCAUAAGCUCAUGAGUGCAUGGAAGCAUACUAGAGGAGGUCAAAAUAAAUGAACUAACAAGGACAUCUCAUUGUAACUCCUCUGGAUAACCAAAAGAAGGAAAUAAAUCCCAGAAGACAGUGAGCUGAAAAUAGUUCAUAUUUUGCAUGGGAAAUUGAAAAUAAAAGCUGAAUGAAGGGGUGUUUGGGACCUAUUUUCAAUCUGCAGUGUACAGUUAUUUAUGUGCAACCAAGAAGAUGUCAUUUGCUCAAUAAUUGGGUUUCCAGUAAUAGGUGGGGACUCUGAUGACUUUGUAGUUCAGUAAAUAGGAGAAUUACAUGCACUUUUUUCCCUAAAGGUUCUUAUAAAUAUAUGGGAAACACUCCAUUUCAAAAAAUCAGGAAAAAAAGUAGCAGAAGGAAGCACACCAGAUCUGGAAUCAAAGGACAUGAAUUUGAACCCUGGUUCUGGAACUUAGAACCUGGGUGACUUUGGGCAAGUCACUGAAGGUCUGUCUCUCUGGACCCAAGUUUCUUCAUCUAUACAAAGAAGAAGUGGAAUCGAAGGGUGGACCUCUAAGGUCCCUUCCAGCUCAAUAUCUGUAAUUCUGUGAUCUUGAUCAUUUACAAAAGACACACAUAUUCAUUAAGAAUCCACUUCUUUCCUUUCCUCUCAUUUGAGGACAUCUAUACAUACAACUCACCCAUGGAUCCUAGCACUGUUAAAACCUUUCUCAAGCAGAACUCCUAAGAACACCCUACCACUUACGUGACUGGUUUUCUCUCCAUUCUAAGUAGUGACCAACAAGCAGAAGCCAGGGCUUGUGGAUCCAGAAGCACACAGGAUCUAAGCAAGAAUCCAGUGAAUAGUUCUCCUAUUUUUCUGCAGGUCAGGCAAAGUUCAAAGGACCUAUAUCAUGUAAGAAAAUCGCUGUCACUGAAUACUGGAUACACCUUGCUAUUUGCAUGACCAAUUCAACUGCUUGAUGACUGAGUGGUUUUCAUCUAAGAGCUGCUAGAAUCUUUUUUAUUUCCAAUUUAAAUUUUUCUUUAAAAUGAGAAAUAUGUGCUCAGUUUUUUGUGUUAAACAAAAAAAGGAAUUUUACAUGUGAUUUUUAAUAUGUUUACAAGUCUUUGAAAUAGCUUACAGUGAGGAACUGAUGAGUAUGCGCAUAUACUAGUUCUUUAGACAAUAAAGUUACUUGAACCUUAA